UAUAUCCAGAAAGUGGUGCGUGAAAUGUUUCUCCCCAAUAAAGGAGCCCGCAGUGAUGCAUCUAAAAUUCUCAUUGUGAUAACUGAUGGAGAAAAAUCAGGAGAUAACCUAGAAUACAGUGAUGUGAUUCCAGAAGCACAAAGGGCUAACGUUAUCCGCUUUGCCAUUGGGGUUGGGCUGGCUUUCUCCAAAGGACCUGCUCGUCAAGAACUCAUUACUAUUGCCUCAGAACCCUCUGUGGACUAUGUUUUCUCCGUGGACAACUUUGAUGCCCUCAAGGACAUCCAGAACAAUCUUCAGAAUAAAAUUUUUGCCAUAGAAGGUACUCAGUCCCGGAGCACUGGCAACACCUCUCAGUCCUUCGAGUUAGAGUUGUCUCAGGAAGGAUUCAGUGCUUUACACACCCAGGAUGGCUCCAUACUGGGGGCAGUCGGAACCUAUGACUGGGCUGGAGGACUCUUCCUUUUCAACAGGCAGGGUGAUGUGACUUUUAUCAACAUCUCCACCUCCUCCACAAAUGAUUUGAAAACUGCUUAUCUUGGUUAUUCAAUUCAGGAAGUUCAAGUCAAUGGACGGACAAGCUUCGUAGUGGGAGCCCCGCGUUAUCAACACAUGGGCAAAGUGGUCUGGUUCAGCCAAAAGAGAGGGCAGUGGCAACAGAUAUCAGAGCUCUCUUUAAAGCAGAUCGGCUCGUAUUUUGGGGCUACCCUGUGUGCUGUGGACUUGGACAGAGACGGGAAUACUGACUUGGUCCUCAUUGGCGCACCUAUGUACUAUGAUGGCACUGCAGGAGGAAGGGUCUAUGUUUGCCAAAGGCAGGUAAGUAAAAAACUGGACUGGGGACUGGGAGCUGUAUUGCAAGGGGAGCCCCAUCACCCCUUGGGCCGCUUUGGAACCAGCAUAGCAGAAGCCGGGGAAAUUACUGGGGAUCAGUGGACAGAUGUGGCUGUUGGGGCACCAUUGGAGGACGAGAAUCAAGGAGCUGUGUACAUCUUUCAGGGAAAGAGUAGAUCCCUCAACCCUGCUUUUAUCCAGCGCAUUCAAGCUUCUAUCCUGCCUAACAGGAUGCAGUAUUUUGGUCAAGCUCUGGACGGGGGGUCGGAGCUUACAGGAGACGGACUCCCAGAUCUGGCUGUUGGGGCUGAUGGACAAGUGCUGCUCCUAAGAUCCCGACCUGUGGUCAGUGUGCUGACUGGAAUAAGCUUUAACCCAACUGCCAUCCCCAUCUCUGCCUUUGAGUGCGAAGGCCAGGAAGUGAUGAACAGGGAAAUCAGCACAGCAACAGUCCACUUUAAAAUCCAGGGAGACUCCCGGUUUACCUUCGGCAAUGACAUUUCGAGCACCAUUCAGUAUACUUUGACCUUGGAUCCUGGUCGACAGAAAGUACGAGCCAUUUUUCACCAGGGCUCGAGCUUAUCUACCAUCACAGAAGAGAUGAAGAUAGAUGUGAGGCCAGAAUCCAGGCAGUACCGUAUACAAUUACCGACUUGCAUAGAAGACAGCCUCACACCCAUAAUGCUGCAGCUGAAUUAUACCCUGGUAGGAGAGCCCAUCCAACGUGCCAACAAUCUGCGGGCUGUCCUGCAGAAAGGUGAAUCCAAUCGGCUUUUGGCAUCGCUACCCUUUGAGAAGGACUGCGGCAAAGAUGGAAUCUGUAAAGACCAGUUAAAAACAUCCUUCAAUUUCUCAGGCUUGAAUGAAUUGGUAGUUGGCCUAACCCCUGAACUCAAUGCUACUGUUUUCAUCCGGAAUGACGGAGAGGAUUCCUACAGCACCAAGUUGACUUUCAUCUACCCGUCUUCACUGUCCUACCGCAGGUUUUUACUAGUGCGGUCCAACAGAAAAUAUGUGGUCAUUAAAUGCACCUCUGUUCCUGCUGCAGAGGAAGCUCUUGUGAGGAACACCACUUGUGACAUCAAUCAUCCCAUCUUCCGGAGCAUGGCUGAGGUGAUCUUUAUUGUCAGCUUUUUUGUUUCCCAAGAUGCAGAUCUGGGAAGUGUGGUACGGAUCAGUGCCACAGCUGCCAGUGAAAAUAACGUUGCUGUCACAAAGGACAUGUUUCAUCAAAUGGAGCUGCCUGUCAAGUAUGCAAUCUAUGUUUUCAUCAAUAGCUUGGAUGAGUCAACCAAGUAUGUUAAUUUUUCUGUCGGGCAGGAAUACGAAACUCGGACUGUGGAACAUCGAUACGAGCUGAAGAACACAUUUCACCGAAAAGUUCCUGUUUCAGUAACUUUUCAUAUUCCUGUGUCGCUGAAUGGAGCACAGAUUUGGAACGCAAUCUUGGAUGUCCCUAAAGAGCUCUCCCAGGUCGUUUGUGUUCCUGGAACAAACACUCCAGGAUCCAAAGAGUUUGUGAAGCAACUAAGCAAACAACCUGUUUUGGACUGCUCUGUAGCCACCUGUAAAACAAUCACUUGCAAUGUUCCAUCCUUGGAGCUCCAUCAACCUAUUGAGUUCAACAUCAAUGGGGACAUUGGCUUCAGUUGGCUUUCCCAGACCCAGCAGAAGAAGGUGACUCUAGUGAGCUCUGCCCAAGUUUCCUAUGACGAGAGCAAAUACAAGCAGAAAGAGGGAUUCGUGCAGGACCAGGUGAAGACCACAGUGGAGUUCUUGGAGGCCUACAACUCUCUGCCCAUCAUUAUUGGCAGCGCUGUGGGUGGUCUUCUACUCCUUGUUCUGAUCGUUGCGGCUCUGUAUAAGCUUGGGUUCUUCAAAAGGCAGUACAAGCAGAUGAUAGAUGAGACAGACGCAGGAAACAAUGAGGGGGCCGGAAGUCCACCAGAGACCAGCCCACCUGCUGAGGCUACCAAAGGAUAA